AUGGCUGGUACGCCUCUGCCUGAUCUGACCUCGUCAACGGAAUUCAGUCUUGCUGGCGAGGAUGCUAUCACAGCGUAUCACCACUGUCGCGCGCUGGAGAGUUGGAGCGCGACUCAGCCGGAAGCCCAAACAAGCGCAAGCCGGGCACCACCUCUCGUUGCAGCUCGCGUUCUGGGAUACCUGCUUCUUGUUCUCUCGGACGAUGUUAGACCCGUGCUUGGCAGUUUCAUACUGGCGUUCAGGCGACCUCAAACGACUCCCGCUCCUAGCGAGCACCCGUCAAGACCAUCUUUCGACGAUACGGUCGAGUUGUAUAAAGAAUCUCUCGAAGCAACCCCAAGAGGCUACAAGGCGGGGCGAGAACUGGUGAAUCCGACUAUGGACUUCCUAUCCCAGCGCAUCUCACUCGUACGUGUACAGACCCGCAAGCGGGAUAACUAUCGAUGCAGCUUGACAGGUGCUGUCGAUUUCCGGGCCAAGGUAAAGGGUCUUGCCGUGCCACGUCCUGGCGAAAGGCAAUUCCCAACCGAAGUUGCGCACAUCAUUCCCAAGGGAUUAUUCACGGAAAUGCCAGAUUAUCCAAAGGAAAGCGACAAGCGCGAAGCCGUUGCAAGCGUUGUCGCGGUGCUUUCUCACUUUUCGAAUCCGAUGCUGCCUGACCUUGGCGGAGAACAAAUGAACCAGCCGUCAAAUCUCUUACUGAUGGAGGCAAAUUUCCACCAGUUGUGGGACGAUCUUGCGAUUUAUCUUGAACCCACGGGUAUAGCCAACCAGUAUCGACUGUGCAAGUGCGACGACAGUUUGGUCCUCGGCACGAUACGCACCCCGGUCACCUUUACUACGACCGACCCUGCGACACAGCCUGUCCUAAACCCCGAGUUCUUACGGUUGCAUGCAACCUGUGCCCGCGUUGCACAUCUGUCUGGCGCAGGCGAAUAUAUCGAUCACAUACUACGGUGGGCAGAGAGUGUUGAGGAUGUGCGCGCUCUCGAUGAGCCGCACGCCCUUCAGUACUUGGCACUCAGACUGGAGAUGCUGCAGGUUAUUCCUCCUGUGCAUAUACAGUAA